CUUAGUUUUAAUUAAACCAAUAAACAACAUUCAAAAAUAUGAGUUUCGCGCCCGAGUUACGAACUCAUGCACAAAAAGUAUGUACCCUUUAUAAGAAGUGUAUGCGAACUAUUGAAGGUUAUUACAUAGCUAGGUUCGUAGUUCGAUAUCACCAAGUGCAACUGAGGAAACAGUUUGAUGAUAAUAAAUGUGUCAGUGAUCCAAAGGAACAGCGUCGUUUGUUACGAGUUGGAGAACGCGAGCAUUGGCUAAAAAAUAAUCCUCGUCCUUUGGCUAAAUUUCCGAGAUCGAUUGGGAUUGCCGGCGGCGUUGCUUACGCCCGCGUUGUGACUCCUCCAGACUGGGUUCUUGAUUAUUGGCACCCACUGGAGAAGGCGCAGUAUCCAGAAUACUUUGCUAGACGUGAGUGCAGGAAGAACGAGUAUAUCGAUAAAUGGAAGAAGGGAACUUUGAUGUAGUUUAAAACAUGUGGUUGCUUUAUUUUUUUAUCUAAUUCGUUAAUAUUGAUUACCUUACUGGCUAUUUAUUUAAUUCAAAUUAAUAUUGUACAAUUGUCUUUCUCACCCACAAAAUAUUUG